GGGAAUGGGCCAAGCCUCACUGCCGGAGUAUAGAGAGCCGGAAAAAGAGUCCAAGGAGGACAUGGAGAGCUACCGCUGCCUUCUGCAGGCUGGCUCCCAGCUUGAGAGUACACUGCAGCAGGUGACUGUUCCUGUGAGCAUGAAGGAGGUGGGAGGCUACAUACAGAAACAGGUGGCGUACCUGUCAGGGGGCCGUGGCGAAGACUCCAGUGUCAUCAUCACUCUCCCAGAAUGCUCAGCUUUCAGUGACAUUCCAGAGGAAGCUUUAGCCAAAGUCUUCACAUACCUCACUCUCAUCCCUCGAACAAGGCAACCUGGAGUGAAGUUUAUCAUCAUUUUAGACCGAAGACUGGAUACAUGGGCUUCUAUCAAAACUGCACUUGCCAGGAUAGCAGCUUCCUUCCCUGGGAACCUCCACCUGGUUUUGGUGCUCCGACCCACCAGCUUCUUCCAUCGCACUGUUACUGAUAUUGGCUUUCGCUUCAGCCAAGAGGACUUCAUGCUCAAGAUGCCAGUGGUGAUGCUGAGCUCUGUCACAGACUUGCUGCGCUACAUUGAUGAGAACCAGCUGACGUCGGAGUUUGGAGGCACUUUGGACUAUUGUCACAGUGACUGGAUUGUUUUACGAACGGCUAUUGAAAGUUUUGCUGUAACAGUCAAAGACAUCGCACAGAUGCUUCAGGCUUUUGGCACUGAGCUGGCAGAGACCGAGCUCCCUGAUGAGGGAAAAGCCAUUGAGCAUCUCCUGGAGUCUCACACUGACAAAUACAGGAAACUCAAGGAUGCAAUCAGAUCAGUGUCAAAGGAGGGUCGUCAUCUUCUUGCAAGCCUGGAAACCUCUGGGAAAGAGGAUGACUCCCACUGGGAUGUGAGGAUUGACUUAGAUACUGUACAAAGGCUUCUUGCUCAGCUCAGAGACAUGGAGUCAGCCUUCGAUGGCUACUUUGAGAAGCAUCAUUUGAAACUCCACCAGUACAUGCAGUUGCUCAAAUAUGAACAAAGUUUUCAGGAGAUGGAGUUGUGUCUGGAGCAUCUGAUGGCUGAGGAGAGGGAGCUGUCCAUAUCUGUAGACACUCUUGCUCAAACAGAGCAGGCUCUUAAACGGCUGGACGGUCUGGAAUCAAAUGCACAGGAGGUGAUGGCUCGAGCUCAGAUCAUUAUCCUUCAUGGGCACCAGCUAUCAGCCGGUCACCACUAUGCCAUGGCUCUCAUUAUGCAGCGCUGCAAUGAGCUUCGCCAUCACUGUGAUACACUCAAUGCUGCUCUAAAGACCAAACACUCUCGUCUUCUGCAAACACACCAGCUGCUGCUGUGUCUUGGACAGGCCCAGACCUGGUGUGAUGAUGGAGCAUAUCUCCUGGCCAAUCAGCUGGUAGAUAAGUUCCAGUCUAAGGAGGGGGCCCAGGCUGCUUUGAGGGAUAUUGAGAGGUUCCUGGAGGGGGCGCCAUCCAUAUUGAGCUCAGGACAUGACAUCCUGGCCAUGGAGUAUGAGGCUGUCAUCACAACUAAUCUACAGGCCCAGAUAGGGAAAACGUUUGAGAAGCAUGCUGCAGUGCAGCAGAUGAUCCAGAACCGACAGGCUUGUCUGAGGAAGCUGGCUGAUAAACAUGUCAGACCGGUCCAACUAGUGGCUCCCAGGCCUGAAAACCCCCCACGUUCCAAGUCCCCACUCUUCUCCCCUAAGCAUGGUGAUGGUUUGAAGUUCACAUUUGAUCUCUCUCUUCCCGGGAAGAGGGCAUCACGAAAGAGCCCCAACGCCAGAAAAAUAGAGGUGAUUCACGACUACCAGGAGAGUCGGAGCUGUGUGUCAUAUGGUCUUGAGGGAGAGGACAGCCCAGAUCUCCUAAAGCGUCAUGUGAUGAGGGAACUCAUAGAGACAGAGAGAAUCUAUGUAGAGGAGCUGUUGUCUGUGCUGCUGGGUUAUAGAGCUGUGAUGGACAAUCCAGCUCUGUCUGGGCUUCUGCCCCCAAUCCUACGCAGCAAGAGAGACAUCCUCUUUGGAAACAUGCCUGAGAUCUACAAUUUUCACAGCAGGGUUUUUCUUCAGGACCUGGAAGGAUGCCUGGAGACUCCUGAAAGUGUGGGAGCAUGUUUUCUGGAGAGGAAAGAGAAUUUCCAAAUGUAUGAAUGCUACUGUCAGAAUAAGCCACGCUCUGAGGCCCUGUGGAGACAAUUCUCAGAUUGUACCUUCUUUCAGGAGUGUCAAAAGAAGCUGGAGCACAAACUGGGUCUGGAUUCCUACCUGUUAAAACCAAUCCAACGCCUCACCAAAUACCAGCUGCUGCUUAAGGAGCUGCUGAAAUACAGUACGGAUUGUGAGGGGACCUCUGAACUUCAGGGGGCUCUAACAGCUAUGCUGGACCUGCUAAAAUCAGUCAAUGACUCCAUGCAUCAGAUAGCCAUCACAGGAUAUGAGGGAGAAAUUUGCGAGCUGGGCCGUGUGCUGAUGCAGGGCUCUUUCAGUGUGUGGAUCAGCCAUAAGAGAGGUCCCACUCGCAUGAAGGAGCUUGCUCGCUUCAAGCCAAUGCAGAGACACCUCUUCUUGUAUGAGAGAGCUCUGCUGUUCUGCAAACGGAGGGAGGAGCAUGGAGAUGGAUGUGACAAGACCCCCUCCUACAGCUUCAAGCACUGUCUCAAGAUGACUGCUGUGGGGAUCACAGAAAACGUCAAGGGGGAUGUGAAAAAGUUUGAGAUCUGGUACAGUGGCAGGGAGGAAGUGUAUGUGGUUCAGGCUCCUACAGUGGAGGUGAAGAUGGCCUGGCUCAAUGAACUGCGCAGAAUCCUGACUAACCAGCAGAAACUGCUUAGAGAUGAAGCGUAUCAACAUGGCCAAUUGGUUGAGCACAUGCAGCUUUCUCCACCACUUACUGAGAGCACGCAGCAGAGGGCGUCAGUGAGCUCAGAGGACACUGAGUCAGGGAGGAGCAGUCCAGAUCCCCAGCUACACUCCCCUAAACACCAGCAAAACCGCAGGAGUUGGCCCGGAGCUCAUCACUCGGUAGACAUCUGCGAGGGUCUGGAGGAGUGGUCUGGAGGUCGGGACACCUUCCCAUCUGACACAGAGGAGGAGGUUUUGGUACAACUGUCUCCAGGCAGAUACAGGGCCUUGGCUGACUGUCUUCAAAAUGGACCAGACAGCAUCACCAUUAAAUGUGGAGAUGUCAUCCAACUGCAGUGUGAAGACAACAAAUGCCGCUGGCUGGUGAAAAACUUGAGUCGGCGACAAGAGGGCUUCAUCCCAGCUGCCAGCCUGCAGUUGAUUAUAGAAGACAGCAGUCGAGGAUACUCCUCCAGACUAGGGGACCCAGGGAACCUGAAGACGAGAAAGCUCAGCUCCCCGUAGAGAAGAAAGCACAGAAUGUGAAUCUAAUAUCUACCUGUGGAUGAUGAACUGGCAGAAGAAACAGAUUGAGCCAUAGCUGUCUCAUAACUGAUGCACUAUCAGCCACCCACUCCUCACUCCCUGGUGCCAUCUGCUUUCCUCAGCACAGUUCCGUCAUUAAAAAGAAAAAAGUGAGAAUCUACAGACCCUUUUCUCUUCUAGAUUUUGAUCUCCCAGGCCAGUAAUUUGCCUCCAUGGUGAUUUUUGAGAGUGAAGGCAUAGGAACUGUGAAGCUUUCUUGGACAAUCAGUAGCCCAUCCCUGGAUCCCGUUUGGUCUUCCUCUUUUCUGAUAAGUGGUCAAUGUCUUGUCGUUCUGGGGCUCCAUCUACAACACACAUGUAGUGAGGAUGUGAGGUUUCUGCUGCAGGACUGGGUCACUUCACAAUCUGAAUAUUU